CCGCCACAUGUCGCAAAGGAAUACCAGAGAACAUCAGACACCGCUUUCUCCUCCUCCCACUCCCGCUAGGGGGGGCAAGCAAUCCGGACCGUCGGGUCGCAACGAUUUUGAAAAGUCCCUUUGUCGUACCCCUGAUGGUUACGAGAAGUAUCGUAGUCUCUUCGUCUCUGACGCAGACUUGAAUGCACUUUUCAAACGUCUGCGUUUACCCGAGUCUUCCUGGGAGGAGCAGCGCAAGCAAUACGAUGAUUCUGUGAACCGUCGCAUGGCUGCAAACGGCGGAAAAGUAUCGAUUCAAGGCAAAAAGCCCACUCCCAACGACAUUUAUUCCGACGGCUUCGAUAUGCUCCCAUCGUUGGUAUCCCUGAGUUGAGCCAGGUUGCCGUUCGAUUUUGGAGCGGAGGGCUCGAGGGGGAGCAUCAGUUCUGCUUCGACCUCUUCGACAAAUCCACCGAACGAGCCGUUAAUUCGUCAGGCCUUGGGAUCUCCUUUUCAGUCAUUCCAGAGUUAGGAAAGCUGACGGUGGGGUGUGCAGGCCCUCUUCAUAGCUGGGAGGUUGGCAGCGGGAUAUCCCCCAAAGAUAUCCUUCCUGGCGAAGAACGCUUCAGUAUCAUAGAAGAUGCUUUGAUUUCGCUCAAGCAUUCAGG